AGUUUAUGGUUAAAUAAAUCCUACUGUACACUCUUUGGACAGGAAAUUAAAUAAUUUAUAUAUAAUAAUUUUAUAAGACAGUAAGGCAUUAUUUCAAAUUCUAAAAAUAUGUUUUUUAAUGUCGUGUCGAUAGGUAUUUUUAAAAUGUAUUUUUUUCCUUUUUGAAUGAUCAUGCCCAGUAAUUUGACUUAGUAGUAACUUCCGUUCUUUCGCGAAUGAAGAGCGUGUGGUGAGCAGGCGAUAGGAAGUGGUGAUUUGGUGGUGUUAAUUUGUUAGAGCAAGUUAAAUUACACAUUUUUCAUCUGUGUUAACUAAGACAAGCAGAUGCAUUACUCUUCUCAUCUGCAGUGGAUGAUAAUCCGCAACAACAGUGCCUAUUUGUUGAAAAAAAGGAAUGUUAAAAAACCUUUCAGCACGGAACCCAACAAUCUGACAAACUUGAACUCUUAUCGUUACAAUGGAUUGGUUCAUAGAAAAUCUGUUGGCAUUGUUGCUGCCCCAGACAACAAAGGGUUUACUGCAGUUAUCAAGCGAACAAAGGCGACAUUCAAGCCUGCCAAGUCAAACAUCAGGACAACGUGGAAGGCAGGACCCCGCAGGUCUCUUUACAAGUUGAAGAGACUGCUGAACAAGAACUAUUACCGUCGGGAUCUGAUCAAGGCUGCGCUGCGCCGUGCCAGUGCAGUUGUGAGGUCGCAGAAACCCAUCCGCACCAAGAAAGCCCGUUCCAAGAAGGAAUAAAUGUUCUUAAUUUCUAAAUAAAUAAAUUGAUAUUCUACUGAGUUUUAUUCUUCCACUUUUUGUUUUCUUGAAAGGAAUAUUCCUUUACUUCUCGAAGUCAAAGCAUUUGCAAAACAUAAAUUUAAUAGAAAUGAUAUUAGAAAUGUUAAACUAAAUUUUAAGAUAUAUGCCAGAUUCAAAUAUUUCUUGCAAUCUUUGGAGCUAUUUUAUUAACCUUUAAUAUUUAAACCAAAGUGAUUUCUCAAUGUUCCUUCUUUUUCCCCGAUUGAUGUGAAUAUACAAUACUUUCGGCAAGAAGCACAAGGUUAGUACUACAAUCUAGACGGGUUACAAGGUGUUGCAUUACUAAUUACUCUUUCCUACAAUUUUUUAAAUAAAAUUGGUAAAUUUUCACAAUUUCUAGACUGAUGUCAGAUGUAUUCUGUGGUAUGCAAUUAAUACCAUGGAUAAAUUGAGGUUCUAUCUGCUUAAAUUGGUUUCAUUGGAAAUAUAUUUAAUCAAUUAUGGCAAUUCAUGGCCAGUUAACUACAAAUUGCAAAUCAAAUAAUAUUCUGGAUUCUCAUAAAUUAAGAAAAUUAAAUGCAAAACAAAUUCAAGGAGAUAAAAUCCUUAUUUUCAACAUCACACUUCAUAGUACGAAUAGAUUGUUGCCUGGUGUGUCAUGAACUCUUUUCCAAUACCUACUAUGGAAUUUACCCAAAUAAUCCUCCAAUGAAACUAUUGCCCAAUUUUGAAAUAUUCUCCAAAUUAUGGACAAACAUUAGUUGGGUGUCCCCUUAAAUUCAAGUCAAUCGUUCAUUAUCUGAGUUGCUCGAAACUAUUGUAGUUUAUUUUUCUUGAUUUGAUUCAUGAAAAUUAGGGAGAAAAAAAUUGUUUCAUAGUAAUUGAGAAUUACUUAACUCCACAUGCAAAUAAUUUCGCUAAAAAAUUCCUCAAACGUUUCCCCUUCCAAUUGUUUUCAAUUUUCCCCCCCGCAAUAAUAAAAAAAAAUCUCAUUUUGGGGACAAUUUCCAUCAUAUGCAAAAAAAUAAAAAAAAAGGAAUUUGUCAAGUGUGUUAGUCCUUACAUUUCACAAACCAUGAACAAAUGUUACAUGACUUGACUGGUACAUACAGUUAAUUUAAGAAAAAUAUAAUUUCUAGAUAUAUUUUUGAAAAAUUAACAGAAACAAAAUUAAAAGUUGGUCAAAAUAGAAAGCAGAGAAUAACGGAAAAGCACAAGCCCAUGGAUGAAUAUUAGAUGAUGUGUAUUAAUCUGUGACAAGGCUUCUCAUGGCCCAAGCUGGAGGAAUCUGUAUACCCAAAUUCAUUUGAGUGAGAAUGGAAGACUCCAAACUAUUUGUUGAUAUAAUAUUCAAGGAUUGGGAAGAGAUUUUUCAAGACAUGACAUAAUAGAUGGACAUUAGAAAACAUUAAAACUUCACAUUUAAGUCUUUCCAUAAUAGUUCAGUGAAUAUAAUAAAUGUAACUAAAGAAUUUGUAGGUCAUUAAAAAAAUGUAUGUACUGAUGGCACUUCUCAAGUAAACAUACCCUAAGAUUCUCUCCAGAUGUAGCCAAGAAGAGAGAAGAAUUAAUUAUGAAGACAGUUAAACAACAAAAAAAGAGGUGUGUGGUAUUUUUUUUCUAGUCUAAUAUUUCAGUCACAAGGCAAGUUCAGAAGUUGAUGCAGAAAGUGAAAUGAGUGUGUUUCAAUCUUAUUUGUGAAAUAAUUAAUAGAACUCUAGAAAACAAGGUAAAAACAACUGGUGCUACAAAUGGCACAGACUUUCCUGUAUUAGUUUUCCAUUUCCUUUGGUCUUGGCAAGCUAUUCAGACUUGCCACAUGCUCUUGCCAGCUGCUAUCCCC